UUCCUGGCGUUCAGUAGCACCGCUCAUACAGACAUGUUCAGACCGUCAUACUGAACAGGUCAGUGAAUCCGCGCUUUUCUGCCAUUUAAUUAUUAGCAGUAAUUAUCGGGUUUCGGUACCGACAGUUACUUGAUUGAUUUUAUCUGGCCGAAACGAAGUAGUGUCCGAUUUUUUUUUUCGAAACCAUCGUGUUCAGACGUGUUGCUUGCCCUUUUUCAUUUGGAAAAGAUGGAGAGAUUCGCUCUUUUGGUUUUCGCGUUGUUCUUCUGUCUAGAAGGGACGAAUAGCGCACCCAGUACUCAAGGAGCAUUGCUCUAUCUAUCGCAGUAUGGUUAUUUAGGUGCAACACACAUCAACAAAAACAAUAGCGGCGCUCUAGUAGAUGAGAAGACAUUUCAGAAAGGCAUAGAGGAUUUCCAAAUGUUCGCAGGCUUAGACAUAACAGGAAAGCUUGAUGCCCAAACUAUCGAAGCCAUGAGCCUGCCAAGGUGUGGAGUAAAAGACAAAGUUGGCACUGGAGAUAACAGAGCCAAAAGAUAUGCUUUGCAAGGUAGCAGAUGGAAGGUUAAAAAUCUUAAAUACCGCAUCACCAAAUACCCCUCCAACCUCAAAAGAAGCGCUGUUGACUCAACAAUUCAAAAAGCGUUCAACGUAUGGUCUGAAUACACUGAUCUCACCUUCACGCCAUCUAGCGGCAACGUUCAUAUCGACAUAAGAUUCGAGAAAGGCGAACAUGGUGACGGAGAUCCAUUUGAUGGACCUGGUGGCACUCUCGCUCACGCCUAUUUCCCUGUUUACGGAGGAGAUGCUCACUUCGAUGCCUCCGAAAGGUGGACUGUAGAUUCCUACUCUGGCACUAACUUAUUCCAAGUAGCCGCUCAUGAAUUCGGUCAUUCCCUCGGCCUUAGCCAUUCCGAUGUACGAGAAGCCCUUAUGGCUCCCUUCUACAGGGGAUACGAUCCUGUUUUUAGCCUUAACGAAGACGACAUCUACGGUAUCCAAGCACUGUACGGAAAGAAAACGAAGAAGUCAUCCAGACCAUCAUACGAUAACGACGAUGGUGACUACGAUGAAAGUAACGUCAAUAACAGAAAAGAACCAGCACCAAAACCAUCCUCUGGGGGCUCCAACGCAGACCUCUGCAAAGAUCCCAAGAUAGACACCAUUUUCACCUCUGCCGACGGUCAAACUUACGUCUUCAAAGGUGAUAAGUACUGGAGGUUGACUGACACUAGUAUCGCACCUGGGUACCCCAAACCCAUCAGCUCAAACUGGCCUGGUUUGCCUGGAAACAUAGACGCUGCCUUCACCUACAAAAACGGAAAGACGUAUUUCUUCAAAGGUAGCAAGUACUGGAGGUAUGUUGGAAGUAAGAUGGAUGGCGCGUAUCCAAAGGAAAUAUCCGCUGGUUUCACCGGUAUACCUGACAAUAUCGACACUGCCGUCGUAUGGAGUGGCAAUGGAAAGAUCUAUUUCUACAAGGGUACUAAGUUUUGGAGGUUUGACCCAUCAGCAAGACCACCGGUCAAGAGUGUGUAUCCCAAACCCAUCUCGAAUUGGGAAGGACUGCCAGACAAUCUGGAUGCAGGUUUCCAAUGGAGCAAUGGUUAUACUUAUUUCUUCAAGGAUAAUGGUUACUACAGGUUCAACGACAAGGCCUUUGCGGUAGACAGGGUGUCUCCUGCCUUCCCUAGGGAUUCCAGAUAUUGGUGGUUUGGUUGCGAGAACGCUCCAGAAGGAACUAUUGGAACCAGUGAGUCCAGAGAUUGGCUUCUCAGUGAAGAGGGCGAAUAUAACGAAGAUGCCAGUAAAAUUUAUCAUGACUCAGAUGACAUAAACAAUUUGGUAGAGGAAGAAGGUCCAAAAUACUUCGCAAGGACUGGCAACACGACCACCAAUCAAAAGAACAAUACCUCGAGGAUAGCAUCAUCAGCUUCGCUAUUUCUCCUAUUAGUGACAUUGAAAUUGAUCCACUGUGUUUCGUAAAACACGUUUUUUUUUCGUUUUAUAAACGAACUAGAUUGAAUUUAAAGUGCCUCCUGUGUUAAAAGUCAAAUAUAUCGUGUACAUAGCAAAUGCGAUAAGUGUUUCUUCAGUUCAAUUGAGGACCACUAGUCAUUGUUUGUCACUGUUUAUGUCGAUUGAACUGGAAAGAACCUGUUUUUAGGCGAAAAUGACAGGUUUCUUACUCUGGAACGUGAUUCUUGUAGUUGAAAUGCCGGCAACUAGAUGGAGGAGUCUAUCAUAUCAUUGAAAUCAUUGCCUUACACUUGAGUUGUGAUAUUUAUAUACAUACGUAGAUCAUGAACGAAGGUCUAACAUAUGUUGUUACUCAAUUUUUCCAUUCGCACUGUAGAAUCUUCCGAAAUGCUUGUUUAUAGUGGUGGCAGAGUCUCAACAGAUUCUGCAACCUCAAUAAAUUUGUACCAAUGAAUUCACAGUAUUCGGUAGUUCCAUUAGUGUCAAAAAAAUAUAGAUUUUGCUCUUCAUCUUGUAUAAAUGGCUAAUUAGGUACUUAUAGAAAGAGAAUGAAUGUUUUAUUUUUCGAUUUUAUGUAACACAAUGUGUUAUCACAAACUAAAGGUGCUUCGAUGAGCAAUAAAUUAUUGAGUUGAUAUUUUCCUUUAGAAUAUACGAUGUUUAUUUACAACCCAAGUUAUAAAUAUAUUAGAAGAAUAUUUCCACGAUCUGUUUUUUUUUCAUUUUUUCGACUAGUAAAUGAUAUUCCUUUUUCAAUCAUGUAUACUUAAAAUUUUGAUUUUUGUAUUAUUCAGCUAAUAAAUUAUAUUUUAUAAUA